GUUAUUUUUUUAAAUUGCUACCUAACUGAAGUUAUGGGAUCAUGAGGCUCGCCCAUAUAGUAAAUAAAUAAGAGAACUAUAAUUUACUUUACUACUGUCCAGAAUGUGCCCUGUCUCUAAACGUCAUUCCACCCGAAACUCCCGGAUGAUUUAAUGAUCAUUGGUGAUUCCCUGGCAUGAUGGCAUACUUGUAGAUGCCAGUACGUUUAGCACGGUAUUUUAGCAAAACAAGUAUUACAUUUCUUCUCCUGUGCAUAACCUCGCCAUAGGAAACGAAACAACCCAUUUUCUUUGGAGUUGACCCAGAUCAUGCGCUGAUCUUCGCCAUCGGAUCCUGGAACGGUGUUCCUUGUACUUUAAAAGCCAAUAUCUGAAUAUCGAUUAGGCACAUCUGAUCGAUGGCGCCCGCCCGGUCACGGGGCGGUGUGGCCACGUCACUGACCCGUUGCUAAGCGACGGGAGCCGGUCCGAAGCCGGUAGCGAUGGUCAGGUCGGUCAACCGAAAAUCCCACAGACAGUCCAGGCCCCCUUCCCGAAGGAAAGCCGCCGUUAGCAAAGUAAAACCCCCAGCUCAGUGGAGGAUCGAUGAAAAACCUGUGAAGAUCGAUAAGUGGGACGGAGCGGCUGUGAAGAAUUCCCUGGAUGAUGCUGCCAAAAAGGUGCUUCUGGACAAGUACGGCCACAUCGAGAACUUCCGGCUCAUCGAUGGGCGGCUUCUUAUUUGCACAGUGUCCUGCCUCUUUGCGAUUGUGGCACUAGUAUGGGACUACCUGCAUCCUUUCCCUGAGUCCAAGCCCGUUUUGGCCUUCUGCGUUGUGUCUUACUUUAUAAUGAUGGGCAUUCUUACCUUGUACACCUCCUACAAGGAGAAAAGCAUUUUCUUGGUAGCUCUCCAGAAAGAUCCAGCUGGGCUGGACCCUGACCAUGUCUGGCAGCUUUCCUCAAGUCUAAAAAGAUUUGAUGACCAUUACACUCUCAGGAUGACCUUCAUUGAUGGGAAAUCUAAUCAGAAAAGGGAGACCGAGUUCACAAAAUCUGUGGGGGCUUUCUUCGACGAAAAUGGGACGUUGGUGAUGGACCUGUAUGAGAAGGAUGUGUCCAGACUUCAUGAAACCCUGGCGAUGGAAAAGAAAUUUAAGUAAUAUAAAAGUAUACACACCAGCCUCGUUAUAACUCAGACUUGCAACAUGAGAAUCACACCAGAAGAUACUUAUGUUACGUAGCCUCCACUGCUUUCAGGUUAUCUGUUGAUCAGCAUCAAUUUUCAUGUCUCGCUGGUAAAAAAAAAUAUUUUUGUGUUUGUUUUUAGAUUUUGUUGACCAUAUUUAUACUGGGAGGCAUUACAAACAUAAAAAACAUGCUAUUGGUUCCAAUGCUCAUUUUUGUGUUUUUAAAGCCUCUUAGUAUCAGUGGUCCCAGGGCUACAGUUAGCUUUAUUUUUGGUAAUCAGCUUAUCAGGUUUCUGAGAUGUCUUGGAAAAAGUGGAUCUUACAAAAACUCAGAAUUAUUUUGUAACUUUGAACGGUUUUGGACAGCAACAAACUCACCAAGAAGUUAAAAGGACUUCAGACUUGUAUUUAAAAUUUGCAUUGAAUAUUUCUUUUUGUAAUUAGACUCUUCCUGUUAAUUGUGAAACAGUACAGCACAUCAUAAACCUGGUGUAUGUUGGAUACUGAUAAGGAUUUCCCGUGAGAGUAGUGGCACUCUUGAUUUUCUUCUGCCUUUAAAUUUUAAAUGGUGCUUCAUUCUAAAUUGGAAACAACAAUGUGAUAGUUAUGCUGUGUAUAAAUGUAUAGAAAUAUAUGUUCACGUACAUAUGUAUAUAUCAUUCUUGGACCAAGAUCAAUUGAGUAAAGGUGAGAAAAGAUUGCCACUAUUUUUAAACUAUCAAAUUUACAAUAUGCCACGUAUCUUGAGCUGUUAGUCACUGGGCCUUUAUAAUGAGAAUGGAGUGUGACUCUUUUUCUUCUGCAGUUUGUAUUUUUUAAAGUAGUGUUAUUGCGUCUGUUUUGUCCAGAAAGCCUUACUUACGCAGUUUUGUUUAUGUUCUUAAGACAUUGGCACACCACCUACAUCUACCUUUAAAGGUAUAAUUCGCAUAUUUUGUAGACGUGCAAAACGGGCUUUAAGGACAAAAUGUUUAAUAUCCAAAAGGGACUGUAUCCAUGUUUAUAGCCUCGUAUUUCCCCCUCGCCUGCCUCUUUCAUGACUUUUAUGGAAAAUUAAGAGGGUGAAGUUUUCCUUUAUAAUGCUAUGUUUAGCAGUGAUGGGUCUUGUCUUGUCAGUUUAAAAUCCCAUUUUAGCUCUAGUACUGUGAAGGUCUUUUUUACACAUCGGAGAUCCUCUUUCUAAAACUGCUUGUAUACAUUACUGAUGUUCGAGCAGCAUAAUUGUGACAUGGUGACGUAGCGUGGAGUCUGGUUCUGAGAACGAUACUAACGGAUACGGUUUCCUUUUGCAUACUCUGUUCCAACAAUAAACAUUUAAUUUUUGUAUUUAUUUCCAGUGAAUUAUACAGAAACGACUGUAUGGGUUUGAUGGUAUAGUGAUAUGUUGCUUUGGCUUCCUGUAAUGUUCAUGACUGUACUUCACAGGCAUUGUAUAAAUAAAAUGACAAUGGCAUUUUUA